AUGACGCGGCAUGCAGUGGCCGCUGCGUGCGGGCCUCGCGGACCCGUCGCAGCAAGCACGACGCUCCCCCGACUGCAGUCAGACCUGCAGCUGGGCAACCAGCUCACCAUCCUUGCCAACUUGCUCGCACUCCGUUUGUACAGCCCUGUCUGUCCGGUGGUAGUCAAGCAGCACAGCACGCACAACUGGCAAAAGUCGUCGCGGCGGCGGCGGCGGCGGUGGCGGCACAUCGGUCGGGCGGAUGGCCAGCCUCGCCACAGCUCCCCGGUUUCCCAGUGCGAGUUUCCCGGCCACGGCAGAACAUGGCGGUGUACAGCAUCACAGUUUACUGUUUUUCACCAUCGCAGAAAUACUUGA